AUGGCACUUGAUGCAGACAACAUUCUGCUGCACAUCAAGAGGACAUUGCAUUCUUCUGUCAGGCUUGCCUACCAAUCUGCUUCUGACUAUCCUGGGGCACUCGGCAUCGGCAUGCUGCUGCUGUUCCUACACAAACUCUGCCCUUCUCUGUUUACUUUCUUCCUGUCUUCGUCCCCAGUAUUCCUGCUAACUGCACUUCUUCUUGGAGCGUUGUUGAGUUAUGGGGAGCCAAGUGCUCCAGUGAUCAGAGAGGAAGCACUGCAGGGCCAGAAAAAAUCGUUGUCCCCUGAAUCGAGAACAUCCAUCACUGAAUGUUCAGUGGUUGAGGAGGUUCAGAAUGUCGCCGUCACCCACAUGUCAAGGAGUUUGUUUGAGAGCCCAGUUGUCUGCAUGGAGGAAGCAACUUCUGAUAGGAUCUUCCAUGAUACCCACCGUGAUGAGGACAGUAUUGUCACGUCUGUGUCUGCUGAUACCGUUGGCUGUGCAGAAGCUUCUGAACUUGCCAAGAAUGAAGUUGUUAUUGUGGAAAGAGAGGAGCAUGUGAAGGAAAUCUGCGACAAGGUUGAGCUGCAGCAGUUUCAGAGCAGCGCUGCUGAAGGUGUUUCAGUUGAAGAGCCUGAGAAUGUUGCCGUCAAGGUUAAUGUGGGGACGAGAUUCAAGUGUCCAGUUAUGUACACUGGGGACAAAACUUUUGAAGGUGUUUUGCUUAUUGAUACUCAGUGUGAUCAAGGAAAUGUGACAUCUUUGUCCACCGAUACUGUUCUUUGUGCUGAACCUUCCGGGUUUGGCAAGAAUAAUGGUAUCAUUGCUGAAAGAGAGGAAGAGGAGCAUGUUAAGGAAAUCUGCGAGCAGGUUGCGCCGCCGCAACAGUUUGAGAGCACCAUUACAGAAAGGUGUCACGAUGAGUAUGAAGUGAACCAUCAGUAUCAGUUCGGUGAACUCAUGAGCUCAUGUUGGCAGCCUGUUACGCGACAGGACCCUUGUUCUGAUUCUGAGUCAGAUCUUACUGAAAGCUCUUCUGAUGCAUCGAUCACUGACAUCAUACCGAUGCUAGAUGAACUGAACCCACCUGUAGACUUGGGGACUAGUCACCCUGGCUCAGCCCUCAGAGACAACCUGAACGCCGGCUCAUCUGAUGAAGAUGAAGAUGAAGAUGACUCAGAGGAGGAGGAUGGUAACCUUAGCUCAGAUGAUGAUGUAGAAGAAGAGAAGAGAGAUGACGAAAGUAGCUGGAAGGGCUUUGUGGAUCCAAACUCUUUGGAUACUGAUAAGAAUGGGAAUUUGGAGAGUUUGAUGGCACGGCGAAAAGCAAAGAAUGUUCUGAAGUUUGAACUUGACAGGAGGUUAAUGGACAUGCAGGCCGCUGAUGCAGUUCAGAAAAUGGAGGAGGCGUCACGCUUCCGUGUUCAGGUGCCCUCCAUUUCCACACCAAGGCCCGAUCCUUCAAAUGAUUCAGAGGAUACAGUGGAGUUACCACAGGUUCCUGAUUCAGCGCCAUCUGCUCUGCUUCCCUGGAGGAAACCAUUUGAUAUUCCAUUUGACCAAAUUGUGGACCACGACAGCCAUUUGCAGGAAACUUGGACUCCUCGCUCAGGCUUCUCGUCAGCACAGGGUAGGAAACGUGACAGCUUGUAUGUAAGGCCGUCUACUUAUCCGCGGCAUCACAAUGGCAUAAAACUGGAGAAGUCUGAAUUCAGUGAAAAAGUUGCUGUUGACAAUCACUCAGAAAGCGAUUCUGAGCAACCACUUGACAACAAUGGCAAGUUAUUUGGCUCACUGGAACCACAUAUUGGUGAUGAGAUCAAAAUACUAAGCGCCGCAAUUUCAGAUGUGUGUGUGCUAGAAGCAAAUCAUGGAAUUAAUGAAGGCAGCACUGAUUCCAUCAACGGCACAAAUUCCUUUUAUGUCCAAAAAUCAAUGUCCAGCACGUCAGAUGUGAACGAUUCAAUUUCUGCAGGUAAUGAGCAAUCGGUAUUGUGUUCUCUAUCUGAAGAACACAAUACUGAGGAACAUACGGUUGAAGUUGAAGAGGAAGACUCCAUGAGUGAAGUUAACUCGUUAUUCAAGUGCCGCAUGGAGGAAGUGCUAGUGCAGUCCAUUUCAGAGUCCGGCAUAGGCCAACCCUUGAUGGUUAAACUUGAGCAUGAGCUUAGUGAUAAUUUCUUACACGCCAAACCUGGAAUACCUUUGAUUGAAGCAAGAUCAGUAGAAGAUCUGAAUUCACAGUUUGCUCAGCUCAACAGAGAAGCAUUAUUAGCACCCUCUGCUUCUAUCCCCAGUUGUGAUGAUGAUCAGCCAAUCCAAGACAGGCCAAGUGAAGCGUUGCCCGUGGAAAAUGGGGAUACUGAAGAUGGCCAUUCUUCAGACCGCUCGCUUGACGACAGUCUAGUGGCUGUGAAGGUCGUCGAAGGUGAAGGUGGACCGAAGGAGCUGCUAACUGAAGAUGGUGGGCUUCCUGUUCUAAAAGCAAGCUCGGUUGAGGAGAUGAGCUCACUGUUCAGGCACUUGGAAGAAGCAGCAGCAGGGCCAGCACUGAUGCGUGCUGGUAGGUCAGAGUCAGAGCACAUGUCUGUUGGUCAGCACACUGGAGAGACACAGACUGAUGAUUGUGGUGUGCUAGCUCCUGAUGCAAAGCCGGCCUGGGAUGAUACCAAUCCUACUUAUGUGCAGUUAAGCAUCGGUGGCGGUGACAAGAUGAAGAUUCCUGAAGAUGGUGAAGUAAUCGUGGAUAAUUCAGCUAAGCUAAACUCGGAUGCUGGCACAUCUGGAUCCAAUGAUACCAAAGUAUUUGAGGCCAAAGAAUCACUUGAAAGCGCUUAA